GCACCGCCUUUCACCACAGCCUUCUUCCCAUUUACCAACAACUGUCUCAACAUUUAGUUUUAGGAGAGUAAGCACUCUCACCUCUCGUUUCAUGUUGUUAGAUUUUAAUGUUAAAGACAUUUGGUGUUUUGGAUCUGUCAUUAGAAGAGGUAGACAAAGUGAACCACAACUUCAAGAUCAACUGCCUCGUCAUCAUGUUCCCACAACAUUAUGAAGCAGAAAAAUGUGCUCUCCCUCCAGGAAGCAAAAGAAAGGAGCUAGCCGAGUUUCCAACUGUGACUAAACCAAGAAUGCUUGCAAUUAAUGUUAUUAAAAAUGGAACAAUCUUUCUUGGUGUCAUUUUAGUUGUUGUAAUUACGUAUCACAGUUAUUAUACUCUGGAGUCUCCAGUGAUUUUUAAGCGUGUUAACAUGGGAAUGUCUAAAUUAGAUUUAUUGUGGCAAUAUCCACAUGAUAAAAACAGAACAAAGACUUCAGAAAUACUGAACAAUCUAUCAUUGAAUAUCAGUCAUCGCAGUGACUCUCAGUGUGAUAUUGAUCUGAAUAGUAGGUUCGAUUGUGCUUUCAAUGAAGUGGUUGACAUGAUGAAAUGUCAGGCUCGUGGCUGCUGUUGGAAUCCAGCAGCCAAUGCUGGUUCCCCACACUGUUUCUUGCCAUCAAAUUAUCCUUCUUACCACAUAGAUUACCUUUCCCCAACCAGUACUGGCUACACAGCCUCACUGAGUCGCAGCAAGAAGACAUUGUUUCCGAAUGACAUAAUGACGCUUCAAUUGAAUGUGAUGUAUGAGACAUCUGGCAGACUUCAUUUUACUCUUAAGGAUCCAAGAAGUAAACGGUAUGAGGUUCCUAUUGAUGUUCCUAACAUCACUGAGAAAGCUUCAACACAACUCUACACUGUUAGAUUUUCAUCCAGACCCUUUGGCAUCAUUGUACAGAGGAAAUCAAAUGGUCUGGUUCUCCUGAACACAACAGUAGGGCCAUUGUUUUAUGCUGAUCAGUUUCUGCAGAUCUCCACCUCCCUGGCUUCAAAGUACAUCUCUGGUCUGGGAGAGCACAUGACAAAUCUGAUUCUCGAUCUCAACUGGACUCAACUAACGCACUGGAACAGAGAUCAAGGACCUCAU